CCGGACUUCCCAUUUAUACCAACAUAUACCGUUUUUAGAGGUUCGAGGGUUGGUCACACUGGCCUUUGAACAAAAAUCAUUUUAUAAAAGACAAAAGUGCAGCUGGUCGAAAGUUGCAUUAACGAAACUCCGAAAGUAUUAAACACUCGACAUUCGGCAGCUAUCCACGCCGCACACACAUCACUCCAGCGCGAUCCACUGGUUCUACUAGCUCCGCCGGCCCCACUCAGCUCCAUUAGCUCCUCUAGAUCCGCCAACCAGUAGCCAUGUCGUCCCGCAAGACCGCCGGUCGUCGUGCCACCACCAAGAAGCGCGCCCAGCGCGCCACCUCCAAUGUCUUCGCCAUGUUCGACCAGGCGCAGAUCGCCGAGUUCAAGGAGGCCUUCAACAUGAUCGACCAGAACCGCGAUGGCUUCGUGGAGAAGGAGGACCUGCACGACAUGCUGGCCUCGCUGGGCAAGAACCCAACGGACGACUACCUCGAUGGCAUGAUGAACGAGGCGCCCGGCCCCAUCAACUUCACCAUGUUCCUCACGCUGUUCGGUGAGCGACUGCAGGGCACCGACCCCGAGGAUGUGAUCAAGAACGCCUUCGGCUGCUUUGACGAGGAGAACAUGGGCGUCCUGCCCGAGGACCGCUUGAGGGAGCUGCUGACCACCAUGGGCGAUCGGUUCACAGAUGAGGAUGUGGACGAGAUGUAUCGCGAAGCGCCCAUCAAAAACGGCCUGUUCGACUACCUGGAAUUCACGCGCAUCCUCAAGCACGGUGCCAAGGACAAGGAUGAGCAGUAAGAUCGCCAGGAACCGAUCGCCAGCCAGCUGCCUCUCCAAUCAGCCUGUCCAAACUAUCCAUCAUGAGUUUCGUUUUGAUAAUUUAAUAUAUAUAUUUUUUUGCUCUCGCGCCCUCUGUUUUUGAUUCCUGAUAUUCCUGUACUUACCUGUGCAUUUAAAUUAAACAAAAAGUAGCCAACACAAGCGAAUGUUAUGUACGAUAUUGUAGUGUGUGAAGUUGGAGCCCGAUAACACGAUUUCCCUGAAGAACCCUUUCAUAAGUAUUAACUCAUUGAAUAUACAUAUAUAUUACCUAUAUACAAAUACAUACUUAUACAAGAAUGUGGCAAUAAAAGUUUGUUUUUCUCGCA